AUGUAUAUGUUUGCUAAUAAAAGUAUGGAAGCUUCUAUUGUGAUUACUUUAAUUUUUAUCUCUUCUGUGCGGUGUCAGUGUGGAGAAGAUACGUUUCAUCUCAAACAGUUUGAGAAUUGCGGUGGUGAAACCAGUGACAUACGAGUCAGGCCCUGUAAAAGCGAACCAUGUUCAUUCACCAAAGGUCAACUCAUUUCUCUCGAGGUAGAUUUUAAUUCUGGUAAGUGUUUUGUUAUUACGAUGUACCAUAAAGCUCUUCAGCAAGAGAAUGAUUUAUGUAAACAGGGUGAACAAAAUUCUAACUUCAUAGAUGUCAAUGUUAUGGCGCGAUUUAUGGAAAUGGAUUUCCCAUUGCCCGGAAUCAACCAGAACGGAUGUAAGGGAUAUGGCUUAACAUGUCCUAUCAAGAAUGGCCAGAAUUAUACUCUAAGAUACAGUAUGAUGGUUGAUCCUUUCUUUCCAACAAUAGAGACAAAUGUGACUUGGCGAUUAACUGGGGAAGGUGGAAAGCUGUUGUGUUUGAAAACUCCAAUGCAAAUAACCGAUCCACCUGUUGUGAUGGGGAUUCCAUUUCUACCAUUCUUGUAAAAAAUUUUUAA